CCCGAGAGCGCGCCCUGCUCGCGGAGUUCGAGCGUGCCGCGUUCCUUGGCCAUCGGUAGCAGCAAGGCCGCCGUCGUCGUUCCUUCCGCCGAGCCGGCGCAGCUACCGACGUUCCGAGCAAACCCGAAGGAGGCGGGGGGAACACCACGCGCCGACAUGACCGCGUGCCGCUACUUGACGGGCUUUCCCUUUGUGGGAGAGUACACAAGUAUCGAGUUCCAGCAGGAGGUGCCUAUCUACCGUAUCUGCUCGCUGUGCGGCGCGGUGCCUUCGGAGCUGUACCUGACCAAGUGCUCUCACUUCUUCUGCCCGAAGUGCUUCGGCAAGCUGCGCGAGGCGGACGACACGUUCGUCUGCCCAGUGGACAACGAGCGGAGCAUGCAGGACCAGGUGUACCACGACACGACAUCCGCCGACAUUUUGAAAGGGUUCCGCGUCGCCUGCCCAAACAAAGCCAAUGGUUGCGACCACGUGGGUCCUCUGAACGGCCUGAAGGAACACCUGAGCGCUUGCGGUCACCAGGGCGUCCAGUGCGGCAUCUGUAUGAAGGAGAUGAAGCACCAGGAUGUCGCGGCGCACCUGAAGCUGGAAUGCUCGCGCACCUUGCAGCUGCAGCAGCAAGCCGGCCCGCCGCAGCAGGAAGCCGGCGAAGGAUCCGGGGUGGCGGGCUUCGCCGCCCGCGCUGACGACGGCACGCUCGUCUACACGGGCGCCGAGGCCUGCCAGAUCAGCGAAGUGCGCGAGAAGCUGGACGACGUGUGUCGCGAGGUGAAAUGGCUGAAGGAGAACUUCGCCGAGUUCGAGGCCAUCCGGAGCACAGUGAGGGCUGUUCAGGAUACGGUCAAGAACGAGAUGAAGAAGAUGCGCGAAGACUCGGCCGUUGCGAACAAGCGGAUCGUCACCAAGAUCGAGAAGAUACAGAGCUACCUGAAGGGCCGGAUAGACAGCAUCGAGGACCGCUUCCGCUCGAGCAAGUUCGCCUGGCAGGUGAACAACUUUUCCAAGCUCAAGGAACAGGUGUUCGAGGGCAAGGCCAAGUCCUUCUUUAGCGACGACUUCUACGUGGGCAUCCAGGGCUACAAGAUGUACCUGGGGGGACAUUUUGCCGAGAAGGACGAAAAAGGCAACAUUUGCCUCAGCGUCUACGUCUACAUCACCAAGGGACCCUACGACCCUACGCUGCAGUGGCCCUACAGAAGGCGCAGCACGUUCGUGAUUGUCGAUCAGAAGAGCAACACGUACCACAAGAUUGCCGAGAUUGUGCCAGAAGAUCUGGGGAAGGAAUUGGAGCACUGCUUCCAGCGGCCCAAGGACGGCGAGAACGAAGGCAUCGGCUACACAGCCAUCAUGACCCUGGAUGACAUCGAGAACCCGGAGAACGGGUACGUGGUCAACGACUCGUUCAUCAUCACCUUCAUCACAUGCGACACGUGAAGAGCGGCCGAGAUUCAAGGACCAGCCGGAUUGCUGCCGUUGCAUGUCCGCUAGUGGCCCGAGUGCGCAGGCGAGUCGCACUUUGGCGGGCAUCUGGACUCCGGCUGUUUUGGGGCAACCAUCGAGAGCACAUUUUAGCAAGCACUGACGGAACACGUGACUGGGGAAGAACCAAGCCCAUGAACGAUGAAAUAAUCUUGGCGGUGUUUUGUGCUUUCUAGUUUUGCAUGUAACCUUUUUUUUCUCUUUAAACGUAAGAAAAUCUCUUGACCACAGCCUUUCUUGCAGGCUUGUACAUGCGUGUCAUUGUACGUGGUUUCUGAAGUCAAUAAACACACUUACUCUGGGUCUAA